AUGGUUUUCCGUUGUGAUUUAUGUCGUAUUGAAGUACCCGAUGAACACGUUCUAGCCGAUCAUACAAAAGGUAAACGUCAUCAAGCAUUAUUAAAUGCUCGUGAACGUUUUGAAAUUUCACAAAAUUCAAGUAUCUAUAUAUCACGUAUUAAACCUGAACAUGAUGAAAAUAUUCUUAAAGAUUAUUUUUCACGUUUUGGACAAAUUAAAAAUUGUUUUAUUGAUAAAGAAAAACAUACUUAUGCUAUUGUUGAAUAUGAAAAUAUUGAUUCAGCAAAUAAAUGUUUGGAACAUUCAGAUGAACAUAAAUUAAAUGAUGGUUCACGUUUAAAAGUUAAACAACGUAAUCAUCAUGAAUUUAAAUCAAAACGAAUGUUAAUUAGUGAACAAGAAUUUUUAAAUAUUAAUAAAGAAAAAGAAAUUGAACAACAUGCGAUUAUGGUUCAAAAAUUAAAUAAUCAAUUAACAAUUGACGAACAAGCAGAAACAAUUGUUGAACAAGAAAAAAUUACAGAUGAAUUAUUCAAAAUGAGAGAAGAAUUUUUUAAAGAAUUAGAAAUAAUGUUCAUUAAAUAUUUUCCAGAAGCAAAAUUAUGUUUAACUGGAUCGAUGGCAAAUAGUUUAGCAACAAAUUUAUCUGAUAUGGAUAUUGUUCUUAUUCUAAAUGAUACUUAUAUUGAAGCACAACAUUUAUCAUCAUCAAAUAAUAGUGGAGAAUCAAUGAAUAUCGAUGAAAAUAGUUGUAGUAAUGAUAUAGAUAUGAAUCAAAAUAAGUUUAAACGAAAUGCAAGUGAUGAAUCAUCGAAUCAUUCAUUAUCACCACCACUUCAACCAAAAUCUUGUUCAGUUGAUGAUCUUUUACAAAUGUCUAUCACUGAUCGACUUGAUUAUAUUCGUCGUUUACUUCGUUCUUAUGCAGCUUAUGUAUGUCAUGUACAACGUAUUGCACAAGCUCGUUGUCCUGUAGUUCGAUUUUGUCAUAAGCAGCAAAAAUUUUUUUGUGAAUUAUCCAUUAAUAAUCAUCUUGCAGUUGCUAAUACUGAUUUAAUUCGAUAUUUUCUUGCAUUUGAACCUAAAUUACGUCCAUUAUUAUAUACAAUUCGACUAUGGCUGAAACAAAAAGAUCUUCUUGGAAAAGGACAUCGAUUUAAUACAUAUACAAUUUUUUGGAUGAUUGUUUGUACAUUACAAUUAGAUAAUCAGCAAUUGCCUAAUGUUCAAACAUUAACUGAAUGUGCAACUCAUAAACGACAAUAUGGUCCAUGGAAUUGUUCGGUUCCUGAUAUUAGUCAAAUUGAAAGAAAUAUUUUAAAUGUUUCUAUAGAAAAUAUGCUUCAUAAUUUUUUCUUAUUUUAUUCAACAUUUAAUGCAAAUCAAUAUGAACUAUCACCAUGGUCAGGUAAACUUGAAUGUAAAACUUCAAAUACAAUAUCAUUUUCAAUAUUUGACCCAUUUGAACAUAAUCAUAAUUUAACAUCAAAUAUUUCACAAUCAAAUUGGUUAAAAUUUCAAGAAGAAUGUUCUUUAGUAAAUCAAAUACUUGAUGAAUGUUCAAGAAAACGUCAACAUAAAUCAUGGGGUUUAUCAUUAAUAUUAACACGUAAAUCUUUACCGAAACAAAAUUUUAUUCAUGAACAACAACAACAAUAUCAUCAUACACAAUCAAUACAUACAAUUGAAUUAAAUUUUUCAAAUCAAAUUAAUGAAGAACAAUUUGAAAAAACCAUUCAAUUUAUACUUAAAGAUAUUUUAUUAUUCGAACAAAUUAAUUAUGAAAUUAUACGAAAAAAACGACCAGCAAGUUCAUUAAUAAUAGAGAAUACAAAUGUAACACCAAAUAGUUUAGCUGAACAAUUAGAUGAAACAUUAUCAUCGAAACGACGUCGAAUCGAUGAUGAUGAAUAUACAUUAACACCAAUAAAAGAUAUACCUUAUUCAAAAGAAAAAAUUUAUUUUCAAGUUAUUUAUCGAACAUGGCAAGAUCGACGUAAACUUAAACGACAUAUUGAUGAUGAAAAUAAAAAUCUUUCUAUGUUUGAUCGUGAAAAAUUAAUUAGUAAUAAAUUAAAAGAAGGUAAUAAUCAUCAUUUAGAAACACCGAUAUAUUUAUCAAUAGAAAUUAAAUUAUUACCAACAACAAUUGAUGAGAAUCAUAAUAAAGCAAAUAUUCGUUUGGAAUUGCAAACCAAUGAACAUCAUCAAUUAUUUGCUGAUCUAUCACAUUUUCUUAAUCUUUAUUUGCCGAAAAUGCUUGAAAUUUAA